UCUGUGUGAGUAGGCGCAAAACGAACGAAUGUAUUUUAAACAACAGGCUUCCUUAUGCCAGUCCGUCCCGCGACUGCAAGUCUGAUACCCGAUGGCGCAUCAAGUAUCGCUAAAUCAUUUUGUAGAUCAAUUGUCGAUUCAUUAACGUCACCACUGCACGCUCACAAUAAAAUUGCGUCAGCGUAGCAAGACGCGUCGUUGAACGGUCGAUUUUUCCUCGGCUCCUGUUUAUGUGUUAUGGUGAGAUAGUGGUAGAUGAUACCCAAAAAUAGUUAUUUCUCCGAGCCUCUUCGGCGAGCCCUAAGCAGCGUGCCUUUUCAAGUUCGCAAGUGAACUACAAUUGCUAGACUUCAUCUAUUGGUUCUCAUAGAUUACCGUGGAAGUAUGGAGUACUUCAAACAGGGACUUGAAGCCUGCUUAUCCUGCCAGAUAUCAACACUCGAAGCUAUCUCUAAUAAUAAAGCGGUUGGUAAUCUCUCCCCGGAGCUAACGCAUUUCUUAAAAACUACGCUCGUACUCAGCGACUUAGGUCCGCAAGGGCCGUAUCGCAGAAUAUCGCCGCAAAAAAUUGUUGGAUUUCUCAACAGGAACCGUUUUCGGGGCGAACUGGACAAUUUGUUGAAACAGAAUGGUCUCAUCGAUGUAUGGUCAGAAGCCUUAAACAAUAAGACAGUUCUUGUAGCUGACCCGCAGGUAACUUACUAUGUUCAAAUGAGCGGACCGCCAUUAUAUCAGCAGAAGUCUACCCUGCAUUACGUGGCACGCGCAGUGAAGAAAAUACAAUUCUCCGAAAACGUUAACGAAGGCCAGGAUAGACUUGAAAAGGCGAACAAUAUAAUCAUUGAACGAUUUGGUUUAACAAGUGAAAAGGCUUGCGUUGAACUUUCUGAACUUCGGAACUAUUUCACCACUGAUAAAGCCAAUUUCCUUCGAAAAACCUUGCCUUUUUGGUGGGAGUCCGUGACUCCGGAAAUUAGGGUUCUGCUAUCUAGAAAUGUAUUCGUGGAAGGCCACCCCGUUGUCCGAGCACUAGCGAAUCUUCUGAAUACAAAAGCUAAUACGAUAUUUCUGCGUAUGCAAUUUGGAGACCAUUCUGAGAUUCCGACAGAUUUGAUUGUCAUGGGUGCAAUUGCCCUUCAACGACGGGUCCUCCCGAAAAACCUUUUAUUUACCCGAACAGCAUCUCGUAUGGAAAGCUUUUUACGCUUACUUCUCCAGACCCUUAUCGACUAUGGAUCUGGUGCGGAGUUUCGCCGAAGGCUUUCUGUAUCUAGCGCUAAGAUACCGCGUUGGCUAAAACGUAUCGAAGGUCUAAGUGAGCAAGCAAAGCUAGUAGAAUCUCUGUGCUGUCUGAUUAUGAGACUUAUCGUGUUAAACGUCCACGCUGCCGUGGUCGUUACAAACCGACGAAGCAUGCCGAAAGUGGCAAUUUACGGGAGUUCAGAACAAUUUCGUAAUAAUCGCAAACGAUGCCUAGAGGAAUUAAUUCGCGAUAAUCUGGAGCCCUCCAGCGGAUGCCCUAUAGGGAACAUACGACCUUUUCCCAAACUAAAUCCUCUCAAAUUUCGGCCGAUGCUCAAUCAAUUUCCCGAAAUGGUUUCCUUCUCAAAGACUGCACGGACGUAUAUAGAAGCAAUCAAAGCGCGCGCAUAUACUCGGUUACGCGGUCCAAUCUGUCGUCUAAACACUUCGUUAGCACUUCAGCGACUGAGCGCUAUCGCUUCAAAGGGUUCCCUUUACAUCGUAAGAGCAGAUGUUAAAGAUUGCUACGGUAGUGUGAACCACGCAGAUCUAAAAGAAAUCAUCGAACGACGUUGGCCUACCGGUCAACAAGCGUUGCAGUUUAAAGAGGUAGACAUCCCUUUAAAGCCUAUGCUAAAAGCGCGGAUAAUAAAUAUUCUUCAGGAGCACGUUUUUGCUUGGCCCCUACUGGAAGGAAGAGUUUCGAUUUUGGUCCCCACGGACAGAACAAUAUAUCUUAAGGGCUCAGAAGAAAAAGCCCGCCUUCUUCAUACGAUUGACAAUUUCAUCGUUUCAUUGGACAAUCGAUGUUAUCGUUUUGUCCGAGGCUUACCUCAAGGAGCUUCGCCUUCAUCGUUUCUGGCUGAUCUCUAUUUGACAUAUACUGUCGAUGUGUUAUUUGAACGAUUCAAUUCGCUAAACUGUAACUCAGCGGUGGACAACCUCGUUGUGUUCAGGACAAUGGACGACUACCUUGUUAUUACAAACCGACUAGAUAAUGCUCGGCGUGCUCGGGUUAUUUUCGAAAAUGAGAUGCAUCAUCCUGGACUACAGUUUUCGAAAAGCAAACUGAUGCUCAACUGGAAACCGGGAAACAAUGACGCAACUCCUGAAAACGACGUUAUCCCACUAACUAUAUCAUACUGUGGUGUGGAGAUCGAUUGCACUUCAGGAGCUGUGAGGCCUUCAAAGGACUACAAAACUUUUCUUCAUGACUGCAGAUGCUACUAUAAGGAGCUGCAUUUCAAACCGCCGGUCCAGGCCUUAAGCUACCUGCUAGCGACAAGUAGUUGGGCAUAUUCUCUCGGAUUGUUUCAUUUCAACAACCAUAACUUGUCUAGCUUGUUCCGGAACAUGUUCGAGAUCGCAGUCGAGAGCUCCGUACGCUUCCGGAGUUACGCGGAUGAUUCGAAUCUCAGCGAGAAAAAUCUGUUGAACUUUGUGAAGCUCCACCGAUCUGUAUUUUAUCGAUAUACGUGUAAUCAGAUAGCCAAGGCAUCUUUGGCCGCGUCAACUACCUGUCAUUGGCAUCGUCGUGUUGCUAACUAUUUGCACAAUGUCGCCUUUAAAAGAGCGUUCCAACUUCACAAAAAUAGAAAAACAUAUGAAAAGGUCAUUACUUACCUGGAUCAGGAACUUCGCGAACAUCAAGACCUUCCUCACAAAGACUUACUGAGGAGAGCAAUACGACCUCUAACGACAAGCUAAAAAUAGGCCGAAGUUUGAUGAUCGUAGCGCGUUUAGGGAAUAAUGACGUUACUAAUCACGGAUUAAAAGUGCUUGUUAGAUAAAAAUGGCAUUCAUAUAAACACAAUAGGACACAGGGUAUAGCUGUGCGAACUGGCCGAAUAUUAGUAUAAAAGAUAUGCGUUUUUUCUUGCUCCGAUCACAUGAUUUACCACGAUUCUAGAAAAUACGCAUACUAUUAAACUGUCCUCUUGUUAAGAGGUUUUUAAGGAUACGCACUCAAAAAACCUCUGGGAUGAUCCAUGCCUAGAUAUAUGUAAAGCCGAUACAUUGUGCCAAAUCAAGUAAGAAGAAAUAAUUGAUGAACUCGUCUGACACAGAGUCAGACUCGUUAAGCCGUGAGCGUAUGGAUCAUGGUUAGCAGAGGGCGCAACCCAGACAACGGACUGUAGACAAUGAAGUCAUUGAAGACUAUUUGGGAUAGCGGUUUGGAUAACUAAACCAUUGUUUGCAUUGAAUUUGAGAUUUCGGAGUCGAUUUUUGCACCUGAGAUCAUUAGAGCUUGCUCUCUGCCAUCUGAGGACUACAGUUAGCACAGAAAGGCGCUUUACUUAUACACAAGUAUUCUAGGACAACCGUUGUAGCUCUUUUAUGCUCUAUAUGAGCAAGUUACACAAAAAUCAAACGAUAUUUGGGCUAUAUUUCGACCAUAGUGGAAAAGCUAGACAAUCUAUAUCGAACCAUGAGCUAGAUCAACAUAGGUAAGGCGUCGGGAUACGCUUGAUAUUGGGCAUUGAAUUAUAUUUUGGGAACGGGCCUGUGUCAACUAGUCCCGAUCGUAGCAGAUAUA